AUGAAGAGCCCUGCGCUCUACCUCGCUCUCGCACUUCGCCUACUGUCGAGGACGGCCUUCGCGCAGACUCCCAGAGACGUUUCAGAAGAAGCCGGCGACAUCUUCAGCAACCUCGAUAGCAUCACCGAGCUGCCUCGUCUGAGCAGCAUCAGCGCUCCUCGCAACACAUGGACCUCGGUGGCCGACAGCCUUAUCUGGUCGCCACGUGACGACCGUCCUAGCCUGCAGCAUCCGUCGGCUGCGGGAGAUCCGGCGCUCCCUUCCUCUCGAUCUCGUCUGAUCCAACAAGUACCGGAAGGAGGCACGGCCCCCGCCGAAGGCACCGCUGCCACAGCCGCCGAGGGAGAAGCCAACACUCGCCUCUCGCACGGAGCGUCAAGGCGCUGGAGCGGUUUGCAAGAUUUGGCUCAGCAACAGCAAAACGCCGAGCAGGUCAGAGGCCGAGAGCAGCGAGCACCUCACAGGCGAUAUGGUCGCAUCUACUGCGGCGGCAAUUCGGGCAUGGCUGCUGCCACAAUGGACGAGCUGCGAGAGCGGGCAGUUCUGUUGGUCGAACUGCGCGGCCUACCGGUGCACGACAUCCAGCACCAGAUCCACUUCAUCCCUCCGCCAACUGCGCGCACUCGAGCAUUCCGCGACCACGUCAUCUACGUCUCGAGGGGCUCUCGGUCCUCCCGCGUUAUGCCCUGGCUGUUUCGCGACAUCAGCAUGCCAGACUACCGGGUCAUCUUCGCCUCAUACCGCACGUUGCUCAACCCUUACGAUACCCAGAGACCGGUUGGAGUGCUCCAGGGCCCUCGGUCGAUUUACUCGGCCGUCGCUCUCCCCAACAUCGACGACGAACGCCUCCAGCCCGUCUUUCUCGGCCAGUUCACCGUGCUGAGCGAGCUGGCCCGCAGGCAUUUGUAG